AUGUCACCAGAAGAAUCGCAAGAACAUAUCAGUGAUAUCACGCGAAUCGAAAUUAACUAUCUUGAUAUGGGGGACUUCGUCGAACAUGAGAUCCGAGAUCUAACAGCUGGCGCAAAUAUUGAUGGAAUAGCUGACAUAGCUUAUAAGACUCACUUACUGGUACAAUUAGACAUUGCCAUCACUCAAAAUAAGACAGCAAAGGAGAUGGCUGAUCUUGUAAUUGCAGAAGUUGAAGGUGGUGAUGAUUAUUCAUGGAAUGGACUUAAAAAAUCACCUAUGACAUCAAGGAUUCGAUAUCUCAAAGUACUCUUCCAAGCGCAUUUACUUUUGGAAGUCUAUAGCAGGCCAGAAGUUAUUCCAACAUUAUGA